UUAACAAUAUAAUUCUUUGGAGUCAAUAUUAUUAUGGCACCUAAGAAUGGCCCUCCAGAUAGAUGGAUGGAUUACUCACCAAUGGGGGAAAGAAUUCCUGGUACCCGUUUCAUUUGUAUGAAAGUUCCUCUCAAACCCCAUUUGUCAAGAAACAUCAGUGAGAACGAAAAGUUUGGUUGUGAUACUGCGUUAGAAAUGGCGAAAUCAAAAGGUCAUAAUUUAGGACUUGUCAUAGACUUGAGCUUUACCACAAAGUAUUAUGAUCCAAAGGAAUUUGAAGAAAAAAAUGUGCAAUAUAAAAAAAUAUUUGUUCCUGGGAGAGUAAUACCGCAAUCAGAAGUAUUGGACUCAUUUUCUGAUGUUGUUGUUAAAUUUGAAGAUGAAAAUCAGGAUAAUGACAAGUUGAUCGCAGUUCAUUGCACUCAUGGAUUGAACAGAACUGGGUAUAUGAUCUGCAGACAUUUGGUAAACAGAAAAAAUUUCAAGCCAGAAGAUGCAAUCGAAGCUUUUGAAAAAGCAAGAGGUUACAAGAUAGAAAGACAAGUAUACUUGGAUGAUCUGCUUGGCACGUCCAGCGAUGUAGCUCAGAAGAAUGAGACAUCUCGGUCAUCAGAAAAUAAACAUUCACAGCAGGGAAACCCCUAUGGAGAUAAUUUACAUCCAAGAGACAGAUUUUAUCAUGAUGAUUACCAAACAGAUUCUGGGUUUUAUGAUAACAGUUCAACAGGGUUAGGGCAGCAGUGGUAUGACCCACCCCACCCGGCAAACUCUUAUGAUUACGAGUACCAGCAGCGUCCCUAUGGUCGACAAGACUUUAAUUCUCAAUCUACUGGUCAAGAAGGAUUCCAUGGUUAUAAUUAUUAUCAUAAUCCACAUGUUGAUCACUAUGGCCAACCCAUUUAUCAGCCUAAUCCAUACAGAUGGCAAAAUCCAAACUAUGAGAGGCAAAGACAUCAUAGUAAACCUUAUUCUCCACCGAAUCGUGGCGCUAAAUAUACUUACAAAUCAAGGUCGGAAAGGUGGUAUUAUUGACAAUAUUUGUACUAAACCUGUUGAAUUAUUUUCUUUGUAAAUUUUAUUUUUGCUUAUUUUAUUUACUGCUAGCAAAUCAAUAUUCUUCCCCAAAACUUUUUAAACUAUUUAUGUAGAUGUAAACAUUCAAAAGAUUUUAAUGCGUAAUAUAUUCUUUUAAAAGCA